CGUGACGCACCAUGGGAUCUUCUGCGUCCAAGGCUGCCCUCGGGGCUACCACUGAUGAGCCCACAGAGCCCGAGCCGAAACACCUGGCAGAUCUAGUACAAUACAUCAACGAAACAAACAUGAGUGUCGAACGUGUGGCUGAUGUUCUUUCUGAGAAAAGCAGGAGCAGCAGCUGGGUGGUGGUGUUCAAGGCCCUGGUCACGGUGCAUCACCUCAUGGUUCACGGGAAUGAGCGUUUUAUCCAGCAUCUCGCAUCUAGAGACUCUUUGUUCACUUUACACUACUUCCUGGAUAAAAGUGUCCUAGAAGGCUAUACUAUGUCAACCUUCAUCAGACGAUAUGGCAGGUACCUGAAUGAGAAGUCCCUCUCAUGUAGACUGAUCACAUCUGACAUCACCAAAGCCAAGAGGGGGACGGGUGGUCUGAUGAGAGCUAUGGAUACACAGCAGCUGCUAAACACUCUCCCAGUCAUUCAAAUCCAGUUGGAUGCUCUUCUUAAUUUUAAUGCAAGUCCUGACCAACUCACGAAUGGCAUAAUCCACGCUGCUUUCGUGCUUCUCUUUAAGGAUUCUGUUCGCCUCUUUGCAGCCUAUAAUGAGGGGAUCCUCUGUCUGCUAGACAAGUAUUUUACUAUGAGGAAAAGCCAGUGCAACGAAAGCUUGGAUAUUUACACCAAGUUCAUUGCAAGAACCACCAAGUUGGCAGAGUUCCUGAAAGUAGCAGAGCAAGUCGGAAUUGACCAGAAAGACAUCCCGCGCCUUAUACAGGCACCCCACAGUUUACUUGAAGCCCUGAAACAGCAUUUAGCUUCUCUGGAAGAGAAAAAUGAGAGCUUGCCUCCUUACAGUCUCCAGCAGGCCUGGAUUCCCCACAGGCCAAAUAAUGCAGUUGUGAAAGCUUCAACAAGCAGAACUUGGUUCUCAGCAUUACAUGCACAAGUCCGCAAAUGUAUUGGAGCCAGACAGCAAGAUCUUAACAGUGGAGAAAGCCCAGUCAACAAAUCUGACAAGAAGCAGCCUAAGCCUUCAGACACGGACAUCGCUGGUGGAAUGCAGUGGGAGCUGAAUACCUACACCUGCACAUCAACCAUCUGGAAGCGCGUUUCCACUCCUCCUGUUCAUCACCUGGAACUACCUCCAGGGGUCUAUCCAGUGACUUUAGAGCAAGAGCCUACUUAUGGAAUGGCUCAAUCUCCAGUGGCAGCUCCGUACCAAAUGACACUUCAACCCACGAUUUAUACCCAACCAGGCUUAAGGACUAGCAAACAAGGCUUCUAUUCCAUCCACAAGAAAUAAUGCACAAUCCAUGUAGAAGUACCAAAGCACAAAUUUUCAGAUUCAGAGGUGAAAAAGGGCGAUGAUCUUUCUACAGCCUGAACUGAAUCUCACAUCUGCCAAGUAAAAUAAACAUUAAUUUGAACCAUCGGUA